AUGCGAUCGCGGUCCCGGACGAGAAGGACUGUGGACGUCCUGAUUAAUCUGGCUAUUCGAGCAACUGACCGUGCAGCUGAGAGGGUCCGCGAUAUCGCGGAUCGAGUCGUCAGUAAUCUGAAGAGGGAGUGUGAGCAGCCGGAUGUCGUGGUCCAUGUACGGACCAAGGACGUGUGUAGGAAUAGUGAGGAGGUCCUGAAAGGUCCCAUAGCCCGAAAUUGUGACCCUGCGUACCUUUGCCGCAACUUCCAAGCAAUUGUAUGUCUGUGUUCCCAAGUGCUGUGUUGUACCAAACCCCUCCGUGCCCUGCCGUUCACUGUGCCUGUCAUUUGUUUUGGCUUUGCAAGCUUCCGACUGGCACAGACGAUGAUUUUUGCCAUUGAAGAAAUAAACCUGAAUGCGAAUCUCCUCCCAGGGAUCACACUCGGGUAUAAGAUCUACGAUGACUGCUCAUCCCCUGCGAUCGCAUCGAAAAGAGCACUGGCUUUGAUCAACGGGGAGGAAGAAUCAAUUGAAUAUCAUUAUUGUAGAGGUUCCUCCAACGUCGCUGCCAUUAUUGGCUGCGAUAUGUCCACAAAUUCCAUCGUAACGGCAAGGACAAUGGGAUCCUUCGGCAUUCCGCUGGUUAGUUACUACUCCACCUGCUCCUGCCUCAGCGAUAAAAGAGAAUAUCCGACAUUUUUUAGAACUAUCCCUGGCGACCAAUACCAGUCCAAACUCCUCGCUGAACUGGUGAGAAUCUUUGGCUGGACUUGGAUCGGUACUAUUAGAAGUAACACCGAUUAUGGUAAUUUUGGAAUGCAGGAAUUCCUGGACCAUGUGGAAAAGAUUGGGAUUUGUAUUGCUUACUCUGAAUCAUUUUACAGAACCGACUCGCAAGAAAAAAUCAAUAAAGUUGUUCAAGUAAUUAAACAGGCGUCUACUAAGGUGGUAGUAGCCUUUGUUCACGCUGGUGAUAUGCGACUUUUAUUGAAUGAGAUUUGGCGACAAAAUGUAACGGGCAUACAAUGGAUUGGAAGUGAGUCUUGGGUGACAAGAAAUCUUCUCCCUGCUGAACAAAGAGCGAUUUAUCUCACUGGGACAAUUGGUCCAGCCACCCGAAGGACAGAGAUAGAUGAUCUCAGAGAUCAUCUUCAUAAUGUUCAUCCUUCCAACUUUCCUGGCAAUAAAUUAAUAACGGAGUUCUGGGAAAGUCUGUUCAGCUGUUCUUUUAGCACCGGCAACGAGACAAGCCCGAAUAACUCUCCAGGUCAUGUUCGGCAAUGCACAGGAAAGGAACAGAUGGAAGGCAUAGAGAAUAGCUACCUUCCAGCCGUAAUGGACGGGAGUUCAUACCACGUGUAUAAAGCAGUCUACUCCAUCGCUCACGCCCUGCACGAUCUCUUAACUUGUGUCGACGGAGGUGGACCCUUUAUGAAUAACACAUGCACGAAUAUUGCAAAUUUUGAGCCUUGGCAGUUGCUGCACUACCUCCGCACCGUAAAUUUCACAGCGAAGACUGGAGAAAACGUGUACUUUGAUGAAAAUGGUGACCCGGUGCCCAGAUACGAUUUCGUGAAUUUACAAACGAAUUUCAAGGGCAGCGUCGAUAUUGUAAACGUCGGAUAUUAUGACGGCACGGCUCCAUCUGGGCGGGAGAUAACGCUGAAUGUCGAAGAAAUUAUGUGGAGUACAAGCGGAAACACGGGUAACCAUUCGCUAUUUCGAAAUUCGUACUUUUUCUGCAUCAAAUGUCCAUCGGAUUACUGGUCCAAUGAGGCAAAAACCCAAUGUGUUCUCAAGAAGGUUGAGUUUCUAUCUUUUGGAGAAGUUUUGGGGUUUGUAUUAGUGACGCUUGUUCUAGUGGGAGCGUGCUUUACAUUGGCCACCGCUGCCAUUUUCUUCCGGUUUCGAGAGACUCCCGUGGUUAAAGCAAAUAACUCCGAACUCAGUUUCUUGCUGCUAUUCGCCCUCCUGCUUUGCUUCAUUUGUUCUCUCGCCUUCAUUGGACAACCGUCUGAUUGGUCUUGCAUGUUGCGCCGCACGGGUUUCGUUGUUGUUUUCGUUCUCUGCAUUUCCUGCAUCUUGGGCAAAACGGUUCUUGUCGUUGUUGCCUUCAAAGCAACUCUACCCAACAGCAGCGUGAUGACCUGCUUUGGACCCGCACAGCAACGUACAGGCGUCUUCAUGCUUACUCUUUUACAAGGUUUAGUUUGCGUUGUCUGGCUGAGUGUUUCCCCUCCUUACCCAUUGAGAAACACGAGCCAUUACCGAGAUACCGUUAUACUAGAAUGUAAUGUGGGCUCACUGAUCGCCUUUUACUUGGUGUCGGCCUAUAUUGCUCUGUUGUCUAUUGUGUGCUUAGUGCUUGCAUUCCUUGCCCGGAAACUCCCGGACAGUUUCAACGACGCCAAAUACAUCACCUUCACCAUGCUGAUCUUUUGUGCUGUUUGGAUAACUUUUAUUCCAGCCUAUGUGAGCUCUCCGGGAAAGUACACCGUGGCUGUCGAAGUGUUCGCUAUUUGGGCAUCGAGCUUCGGUCUGCUCAUUUGUAUUUUUGCACCAAAAUGUUACAUUAUCUUACUGAAACCGGAUAUCAAUACAAAGAAACAAAUGAUGGCGAAAGGGACUUAA